AUGCUCAAUUCACCCAAAUACGAUUUUACCGGCGGGAAGAGGAGAGUAGGAAUGCGGGCGACAGAUGGACCGAAGGGUUCGCUGUUAUCUACCUUCAGAAACUCCACAGGCCUUGAAUCCCGAGAUACUAAUACAAAGAAACCGGGAACAUCUGUCCAGAACAGUAGGUUCGCUUCAGGAGGUAAUGGCUCAUUGGUAAAUUUCGAGGACGAAGAAGACGAUGAAGACGACGAAUCCAUAAGCACCCGGGCACCAUCUGUCACCAGAUCAUCACAAAGCGCCCCCGCUCGCCUUCCAACCCCAUCUCUCAGCGCGAAAGCCAGCGAUGAACCGGAGGACGUUUACUGCGAUGUUGAAGACUUUCCUACACCUAAACAGCCCAAGACGAAAUCAUUGCUGGGGAACCUUUCGGACGACGACACUCCACUCGCGGAUGAGCAACAGAGCAGAGAUAUUAAACCAACAGUAUGGAAGAGCAAAAACACCAAAGAAAAAGAGGAUGAGGAGUGGAAAAAAGAAACACAAAUGAUGCUAAGAGAAAAACAAAGAAGACGGAUGAAUCCACAACACAUCCGAGGGGCAGGCUUUAAUACCGAAGGGGUUGAGAAAAUGGCAAAGAAACCAUUAUUAGGGAAUGGUUGGGAUAUGGGGCCGACCAAGAAGAAACCCUUAACGUACAAAAGGAAGACAUUUGGUGACCGAAACCGAAAAAGUACUCAAAGAAAGACAAGUUUGGACUCAGACUCCGAGGACGAGAAAAAGAAAGAAUCUAAAUCUGAGUCAUCAAAUUUUAGCACUACGCAGCCAGUUGGAUUCAGGGAUCCUACUAUGCUCAUUGCACUUCCAGAGAAAGAAAUCAAGGAAGAUGCUUCUGCCAAAAUUUUUGCUUCCCAGAAAGAGUUUAGAAUUCCUCCACCGUUGCCGCCCAAAAAAGAUACAACGGAGGAAAAUUCCCGCAAUCAAAAUUUUCUGGAACCAAAAAGUCCAAAAUUCGCGCCGUCCAACAAUUCUUCCAAUCUGAAGCACAACCAUAAAUUCGAAGAAAAGGAAUUACAAGCACGGUCUUACUAUGUAGAUGACUCCGACGAUGACAUUGCUAGCUUUAAGGGUUCGGAGAAAGAAGACUCGAAAAAAAGAAAGGCGUCGAAAGCAAUUGACUUGACUUCGAAAGAAGAUUGGAUUGGAAAGGAUGGCGGGUUUUCAUCGCUAGAUGACGCUGAGUUUUCUGUUAACGAAUCACAAUCAUCUUCUCAAGCAAAAAAGCGAAAAGCAAUAAGCAUACCCGACCUCUGCGUUAUCUGCAAUGAGGUUCUCCCAAUCGGCACAUUGGAUGCUUGGAGAUAUGACGACGGGGAGCUCAAGCCAAUCCGGAUGGCAGAAUGGUCUAUAAUUUGCAAUGAACAUAAGGAGGCAGGAUUCCAAGAACAAUGGGACAAGAGGGGGUAUCCUGUAAUCAAUUGGGGAGAACUGAAGAAAAGGGUAGAGCGCCACCACCAGAUUCUGGUUGACAUCGUCACGAAUAAAGUUACAUCUCCAUUCAGGGAUGUGCUUGUGUUACAGCAAAAGGAAACAAGAGGUAAUGCAGCGAUGUUACUACGUAAAGAUGUUCGGUUACAAUACCCCGGCUAUUAUGGUCCAAGAGGCUCCUCAAUUUUGCUCCACGAAAUCACAAGAAGGCUCGGGUCCUUUAUCGGUGAUGCUGCUAAAAAGGACAGAUUAAUCGGGCAAGGAGGUGUAAGUGCAUUUAUCCAGACAGUUCUAGUACCAGAACUCGGUGUGCGUCUCAUAAUGGAAGACUUGAAUGUGGGCGAGCCAGAAGCUAGGAAAAUCCUAGAUGUAAGCCAGGAUCUUGGCGAGAAGCUGCAUUUCAAUGACUAUAUAGAAGACAUAUACGACGAGGCGGAUGGCCCUUGGUUCGAUAUCAAUGCAACUCAGACGGUGGCCCCAGUAGCCGAGAAGAAACGCGGCCGACUCGAGGAUCUUUGCGAUUCAGACUUGAGUUCUGACUAG